CUCUAGAGCCUGCUGGAUUGCAUCCAAUCCUGCUACGCUGAUGUAAUUCUAUAUGAAGGUACAGAUCGAUUCAAAUUCUUCUUUCAGCAUUUCUAUUUUUGAGCUAUGUGCUGGUUUUUCCCUGCAUGUAUGAGGACGAUCUAUAGUAGUAUGAUUGAAUAGUUAGUUAAAACAAGCUGUACAAGCAGAGUGUGCAGAAAUUAAACUGUAGAUUGUAAUACAAAAAUGGAAACUUAAUCCAUGUUUGUGAAUUGUUUCAUCCAUUACUCUCUCGAUUUCUAUACACAGUGAUCCUUCAUACCUUGACUUUUGGCGAGUGCUUUGAAGUUCAUGAUCCGGAGCAUUUUCUCUUUCUUGACAGAUAGCUCUGUGGAAUGCUGCUCAAAUGGUGUCCCUCACGCAUUAUGACCCGGUCCAGAAGGUGUCCUGCUCCUGCAGCUGCCUUGGAGGGUCUCGGCAUAGGGAUACCCUGAUAUCCCAUGACUAAGGGGAUCUCUAAUCUUUUCCCCAUUCAGAGAGCUGUUCUUGAGCCUGCAAUGGCAGGAAGGGGUUUGUUUGGGAGGGCUAGAACAGGAACAGGGAAAACCCUUGCCUUUGGUAUCCCGAUCCUUGACAAGAUCAUUCAGUACAAUGCGAAGCAUGGACGUGGAAAGAAUCCGUUGGCCUUAGUCAUGGCGCCAACUAGAGAGCUCGCCCGCCAGGUGGAGAAAGAGUUUCGUGAGGCAGCACCUAAUCUGGACACCAUCUGCCUCUAUGGUGGUACCCCCAUUCAGCGGCAGAUGAGGGAACUUGAAUAUGGCACUGAUAUUGUCGUCGGCACGCCUGGUAGGAUUAUUGAUCUCAUGAGGAGAGGAGCUCUGAACUUGUCGGAAGUCCAGUUUGCUGUUCUUGAUGAGGCAGACCAGAUGCUUGCCGUCGGUUUUGUUGAUGAUAUUGAAACGAUCUUCAAGCAGAUGCCACCGAAGCGACAGAACAUGUUGUUCUCUGCCACCAUGCCAAGUUGGAUCAAGAACCUCAUCAAGAAUUACCUAACAAAGCCGCUGACUAUCGAUCUGGUAGGUGAUUCGGAUAAGAAGCUAGCUGAUGGGAUUACUCUGUACUCUAUUGCAUCAGAGUCGUAUCAGAAAGCAGGCGUUCUCGCUCCUUUGAUUGCAGAACAUGGGAAGGGAGGAAAGUGUAUUGUGUUCACAGAGACAAAACGUGAGGCGGACCGUUUGGCUUAUGCUAUGGCAAAAAGCCAUAAAUGUGAAGCAUUGCAUGGCGAUAUCUCUCAGAUGCAAAGGGAAAGGACACUUGCAGGUUUCCGAGAUGGUCAGUUCAAUAUACUUGUGGCUACUGAUGUCGCUGCACGUGGUCUAGAUGUACCAAAUGUUGAUCUGAUUAUACACUAUGCUAUUCCAAACUCAACCGAGACAUUUGUUCAUCGAUCUGGUCGUACUGGACGUGCUGGGAAAAAGGGAACUGCCAUUCUCAUUUACGGCGGGGAUCAGAGUAGGCAAGUGAAGAUCCUUGAGCGAGACGUAGGAUGCCGAUUCACCGAGCUCCCUAAAAUUGCUGUUGAGGCUGGAGGCAUGAACCUAGACAUGGGCGGCAGUAGUCGAUUCGGCCAGUUUGGCAGCUCAGGAGGCCGUGGUGGCAGUGGUGGCUAUGGCCGGUUCGGUAGUGGUGGUGGUGGUUCGAGUAGCUACGGUUCUGGAGGACGUGGUGGAGGCUAUGGUGGUCGACAAGGAGGCAGCAGCGGUGGUGGACGGUUCCAGUCUCAGCCAGGCGGCUAUGGUGGUUCGAGUCAAGGUCGUAGCAGCGGUGGCUCGUUCAGUGACUUUGGCAAGUCGGACCGAGGUGGUGGCCCGUUCAGCGACUUCAGCUCAGGCCGUUCCAGUGGGUUCGGAGACUCUGGCUCGAAGCGUUCCAGCUCGUUUGGAGGCGGGGGUCGAUUUGGGGGAUUCGGAGACAGCGGGGAUGACAAGGGCUUUGGAGGAGGAAGACGGUAGGCGGAUUUAAUCAUUCAUGGAAGCCGGCGGGGGGCAGCAGAGGUUUCAUGUGGCUUUUUCGUUCUUCAAUAUCUAUAUUUAGCUUGACUCACUCACUCUGUGUAAUGUAACCAUAACUAUUUUUGGGUCUCUGAUGAAAGAAUAGAUUAAGGGAGUUUUAUGAAUUAACGUUGCAAUUAAAGCGCUCACAUUUUAUUUUGCAUAAGAUUCGUCCUUUUCCUGGCAAGCUAAUGCCGAAUGCUUUGAUAAGUGUCAAUAAGGAAUUACAUAAUAGAGUAGUAUAUACAUGUGUUCCAAGCAGGGUGAUUCAUUGGGAGGAUUCAUUGUUUACAGACUAUCUGAAUUUGAUUAAGUUGUUGGUAAUUAAUUGCUCAUGUAUUAAACAUGUGUAUGUGAUUUAUUAAAGGAAAGGGGCAUGCCGGAGAAUCAUCAAGGCAUAAGGGUUUAGCAGAGUAAUCGAGUAGUGAGUAAAUUCUAACCUAAUGUUUAUCUUAAUAUGAUUAUGGUAUUUCGGGUCAUGGAGCGGCCUGAGUACGUCGUGUAUGAUGGUUUGGUAAGCUUUAAACUAAUUGUGAUUGAGUAUCGAUAUGUGGUAUGGUUACAUGAUUGAAUGAUUGAUUUAAUUAUCCUAUGGUUGGAUGAGGUUACCAUGGCAUGGUAAAUUGGUAAUUAUAUGAUAAUGUGAUGAUAUGAUGAAAUGAUUGUAUGACGGUAUCUCUAGAAGGUCAUAAUACAUGUUGUUAUGUGUGUGCUAAACGAUAUUAUGUGAUGAGUAUAUAUGAUAUGUGAAAUGUCAUUUGAGGCGGUCAAGUGGAAAGAAUGGCAAGAAAGGUUGCAUUUUGCCAAUUAUACGAGAUGAGAUAAAUGGCCUAUGAGUCAUGCAAGUGAAUGUGAUAUGAAAUGGCCUUGGGUCACACAAGUAUUAUGUUUAGUUGUGAAUAACUAUAAGAAUUACAUGGUCACUUAAAGCAAACGUAAUGGCGCCCUGUCAUGCACUCAUUAUAAGUGAAAAGAGGCUUCAAGCCUAAGAGAUAAAAGAGUUAUACGAUAACUCCUUUUCAGGAGUAAUGUCAGGCCUGGCUAAGAGUUUAUGAGAUAUGACACUCUGUGCCCACGAGUUUACGAGAUCUGGCACUUUGUGCCUACGAGAUUACGAGUUCACGAGAUCCCGGGGAGUGCAUGACUUGGCAAAUUAAAGAAUAAAAGCUACUGAAUCCAGCUAACUAUAUGUAUGCACUUGUGUGAUUGGAUGUUGAUUCAUGGGUGAUUUUGGAUGCAACAUGAGUACUUAAAUGUCAAUCUUAGUAUUUGUCAUCUUUGUGUGAUAUGUGAUUGAGAUGGCAAUCUUAGUAUUUGCCAUAUUUGAUAUAUAGAAGGUGAACCCCCUAUACGGUAUAUGAAAUAUGUGAAGGUCGAUGUGUUUUAUAUGUGAUAUCAGGUGACAUGGUGAGUUAUAUUUUGUGAUAAUCUCCUAUGACGAGUGGUACAACGAUUAAUCAAGAAACUAUUUUAUAAGCAGUGAUGAUAUGUUCAUUUGAUUAUGAUACUACCAUGAGAUGUUGACGUGCAUAAUGUUAUAAGUCUACAAUACCUCUCAUGAUGCGGUGUUGGUAGGAGUAUAAAGAUAUAAUGAAAUGAUGAAAAUUUUGUAUGGUGUAUGAGAAUAAAUAUGAACUAUUUGCAACAUCAGGUAGGGUAAAGUAAAGGUGAAACCCUAAACGAAUCAUGUAUGACAUAUAACGUAUAUGGGAAAGAUCGAAUGAACGAGGGAAGAAAUUUUGUGUGAAUCUACAUAAGUGAGACAUAGGUAAAGUUAUCAAGUGAUUAAAUAUGCACCGAAUUUAAUGGACAAAAGACACUCCGAGUCACAACACAGCCCGAUAUCAUUUCAUAUUAAUAUUUAUAUUAGGUUAUUAUUUACUCAUUGAGUGACGUCUCACCCCGUCAAUAUUUUUUCCUCACAGGACUAGAACGACAUCAGUAGAGCGAGACGGAUGAGUACUGUCGGCCAAAUGGCUAAGAGGUGGGCGGCGGAACUGAACUCUCCACAAAUCUUUCAAUUAAAAGUUAGGGAAAAGUAAAGUUUUUGCAAGCUAAGGCUUAAGACAAUAUUGGUUUUGAAUACAACUUCAUUUUGUUUUCUAUGCACUUCAUAUAAAGAGUGUAGGUAAACCAAGCCUAAAUUGGUCAAGAGAAAUAUUAGGAACAUGAAUACAAGGUAGGGUGUUACAUAAUAUUACAGAAAUUCAUAAAUAAUAUUUUGCUAUAUUUGGAGAGUUCACAAGUUAUCAAGGUGGAUUUUUAUUUACAAAUAAAAAAUUAUUGAUAUCUAUGUACGUAGAAAUAGAUCAUAUAUAAAGAGUGACAUGUAUCACAUUUGUUAACUCUUUUCUUUACAUAUUUAUUUUAUAUAAUAAUUCCUUUUUUCACUUUUGCAUUAUACCGAUGUGCGCAACAAUAAUUUACAUUUUGAUAAACAAUUUAAACAAACUCACACAUAAAUAACAAUAUUCUGUCUAAUAGAAAAAUAUUACGUAGGAAAGAGGGAAACCAAGAAAGGUCUUCAUAGAAACUUGACCAAGUAAAAGUAGUUCUUUAUUAAAAAAAUCCUAUUCAU